GUUAAACCGGGUUCGGAGGCCACAACCCAACCGGUAUCCGUUUGUUAUGUACAUUAAUCGGGGUAUCCCUGAGGUGUGCCUGGCUAAGGAAACUCCUUCGCGGGAUGCCGCCGCAGCCCCUCGCAGAAGAGGAAGACCGCGCAAAACACGCGAUGAGAAGGUUAAGGAAACUCUUCCUACGCGGGAUGCCACCGCAGCCCCUCACAGAAGAGAAAGACCACGCAAGACACACGAUGAGGUGAGUUAUUCACAUUUGAUAGCAAAAUUGACAAAAUACGGAUUUUACUAG